CACUCGACAUCUAAGUGUACAACCAGUUCCUGACUUUUCUUUCGUAGUCCUAUUGUUGGUUUCACCAUCAAUGUAUCCGGCGGACGUAUUUAGGAAUUACGAUCGUCAUGGAAACUGCAUGGUUCAGCACGUAGACCCGGGGGGUACAGAUGCAAGACAGUUGACAUUCAGCAGGGUGCCUCAUUUGUUUUGACCGAACCCAAUUCUUUUCUCGCGGACUAAACAUCUGUGUUGUUUAUCCCUGGCCAGACGCAGCGUCGAUGUCGUGGGGUGAAUUGGCGUUGGAACGCUGGGCCCUGCAACAUUGUGCUUCACAAAAGGGGAGAGGCAACGACUCUUGAGUGGUUGCUGCUAUCCGAGGCGGGGCUGUUCUCUGAUGGACUCGUCGUCCCUUGCAGCCUGCAAAACCGUGUCGCUCCCUCUACCAUUGGAGCGAACUCUGGCGACCACCUGUUCCGUUGCAACGUGUCCGGAGGCGCUCGAGCACUUAGCCCCCACUGAAUCUUCUUAAGUGCUGCGGCUGCUCUUUCGAGAAAGGAAACAGACUCCAGGAAAAUGCCGCCCCCGUAUCUCCCUUCCCUGGCGGGCGCCGAAUUGUUUGGGCACCUCGAAGUCGCACCUAUCUCAAGCGGCGCCGCAAAGGCUGGCCCCGUAGCAGCCGAGGAAUAUCGCAGAGAUGUGAUUAAUAAUGUUGGAUGCAUGGUGGCCGUCCUCGUGGCCUUAGCUAUCUUCCAGUUCACACCCAAGGCCAAACUGAGCGACUUUUGCGCACGGAAACUCACCCACGUUACCAUGGGAACUCUUCUGCUUUUGCUCAAACCAGAAGGGCACUCCUACGUUAAGAUUUUUAUUAUCGCCGUUGCUGUAUCGGCUAUCCUUUCAUCAAUCUACAAACCCUUCAGAUUUGCCAAGAAGCACGACAAAGGGGUGAUUCUUUUCAAUGCCAUUGUAGGAGUCUGGACGCUCUUUGAUCUCCCUUGCUCUGCCCUAGCACCGAUGUUCUACGCCGACCCAUGCGGCGCUAUUGUUGGAACAAUGGUCGAAUCCCCAAAGUGGAAGGGAAACAAAACGAUUGCCGGAAGCGCCGCGGUCUUCGUCGUGACGCUGUUGUCUGCAUAUAGUGUAGACAACAUUUGGCACCGCAUCGCACUCGCGGCCCUCUGCACCAUUUUGGAAGCCGUGGGUGGAGACUACGACAACGUGCUUAUGAGUUUCCCCGUAAUAGCCUACUACUUCCUUUUUCAACAUCAGCGGCAAGCGGCCAAUGACAUUUGGGGCGGUCUGAGCAUCAGAGGAGGCUUCUCAUCCCAGGGUGAUUGGUGAAAUGGAUACGAGCACACCACGAUGUGCGCUCCCUUCCAAAGCAGUGCACGGCGCAAAACGUACAUGCCGUUUCAGCAGGAACUGCAGAAAAAUAAACUCACACAUCGUCAGGUCUCGGAUACCCUGUAGAACGUGGCUUCCGUGAGCAAAUUAGAGGCUGAGAUUGGAUUCGGCUGAACGUGUUCGGUUGAACACACUUUCGAUACGCAUGGAGAUGCGACGACGCUAUAGGUGUCCACAUGUGGGGGCACAGUGGUAAUGUUUUUGCUGGGUCAGUUUCCGUUUCAAAGGGUUUUUACCAGUUCUAAUUUUGUUGUUGAAUUGAACCAAUACGCUCUUUUACCCGCGUGCCUGGAUACGACAGGGAAAACGCAUGCCAGGGAAACCUUGCCAACUGCUGAGGCGCUGACAACCGUUCUAACAUCGAUAGAGACUGAAACAA